AUGACGGAGCUUCAUCCUUUAGGGGUGAAAUCGGGGGAGUACAAUCAACAUGUAGAAUAUAGGAGUGGCGCAUUUGACCGCACAUUUGAGGAUGGACAUCCUUGCACAUAUGUGGAGGAGGCAGACGGAGAUGCAGGGGAUCUCGGUAGUGAUGACCCGUAUGUGAACUCGAACCAAGUUAAUCGCGAAGACGACGGCGAUGAAUUCCUGCCGGAUGAAGAUGAACCGCUGAGGGAGGGAGAAGACGUAGAAGAAUUCGAAGACGAUAUCGACACGCUGCUGUUCACGAACAACCUGAACUCCAGCCUAAUUGGGAACCUUUGGCAUGCCUCUGCCAAUAGCGUAUAUAAGGAGUCGUGGAAGAGUGCCCACGUUAAGAAGGAAAGCAGCCCAAUCGUUGAAGCAACUUUGUAUAGUUACCCCAAUGAAAGGGAAAACCACAAUUGUGUCAACGAAAAAGUGAUUCCCUCAGAAGGAAACCAAUACGGAAAGUGCUACACGAGUGCAAAAGAUGUUACUCAGGGAAAGAAAAAAAAAAUUAGUGACGCACAUGAGCACUCAGAGGAGGAAGUAAAAAGCGGGACAACGAAUGACGCCCACCUGGAGGAGGAAAACAACCCAUCGCAGAUAAUUAAGACAAGCAGUAAAAUUGCAGAAUGGAGUGGGAAGAAUAAAGUGGACUCCUUUAUCAACGAAAUAUACGAAGAGGAACAGAAGGAAGUUGAAAAAAUGAAAGAAUUUUUUGAAAAAAAUGAAAAGAAUCUGAUGAAGUUUAGAAACUCCAUUUUGUGUAAAUUAAAAAUAUCGGAAGAGCUGCCAAAAAAAUUCAAACACUUAAGCAAAGACACAAAUUUAUUUAAUGAGGAAAAGACCAAAGAAAAACAUUACAAGAAAUUAAUUGAUUCUUUGAAUAAGCAAAGUAUCCAAGAACCCCCUCGUCGUAAACACAAGUUUGCAAAAAAUGUAAAUUAUGACCAAAUGGAGACUAUAAAAAUAUUAGACAUUGACAGUGUGCCUCUAGACGUUUUAAAUAAACUGUUUGCAUAUAAAAUUGUAAAAAACUGCAGUGCGGAAUUGUGCCUGAAGAUAAUAAGCAGAAUAGGAAUGUAUAGGGAUAAGUACUCGCAAGUUUCGUAUGAAAAUAUGAUAAAUUAUUUGGGCCAAACGAUUAACCAUAAUAGCAAUGCGGAAAUUAUUGCCCUUUUUUCAAGGUGCUACGAAACUGUCAGUAUCCCAUUUUUAGUUAAUUUUGUAAGAAAGUAUGCAACAUUUUCCAGAUCCUUUAUUGUCAACAUGUAUGAUAAAUACUUCCGAAAAAGGCUCUUCGAUUUUGUACGCUAUGAAAGCAAUUUCGGAAUUAGAAAAAUACCCAACAUUUUGACGCACCCAUAUCAUCUGUCAUCUUACAUAAAAUUGUUGGGAGAAUGUUCUGCUAAAAAGGACAUGUACAUACAGCUAAAAAUGAGGGGACAUGUGCCGCACUGGGCUAAUUUGAAUCAGGAAGGGACAGCAAACGAAAUGGAUUACCUACCGGGGGGGAUGAACUACCUGCCGGGGGAGGAAAACCACCCUAGGGCGAAAAAGAUCACCAUAACGGAUGAUAAAAAGAAAUCCGUGAAAAGGAAAAACUACGUCGAAAGGCCCAAAAUGUAUGACGUUAUUUUAUCAGCUGAGUACACAGGGCUCCCAAUUGAACAUUUUAUUGAAAAGGAGGAGGACUUCCUACAUAUUAACACGGGCAAGGAAAAACAGUUACAACAAAAUAGCCCCAAUUUGUUAAGCCAUUCAGAUGGAGCAUUAUACAAUGGGGGACAACUCAAGGAGGGAGGAGACGAAAAAGACAUGGAGCAUUUGCCCAUUUACAGGGAAGACCCAACGAAUGACGCCAAAACAGAAGUUAUCAUCGCCAUUGGAAGUAGCGGCCAACAUGAAGGACACCCUACGCAUAGCAGUAAAUGCGAAACCGAAACGGAGGAGAAACCGAGUGAAAAUAUCAACUUCACCCUGGAGGAGGACUGCGAUAUUUAUCUCUAUAAAGGAUUCAACAAAUUGAAUAAAUCAUCCCUAAAACUACAAACCACGUUGGUAAAAACGGAGGAGGAUUACUCAAACGAGUUGGCUCUGUGUCCCAGUCAAGGAGAGCACUAUGAAGAAGUAGACAAGGAACAAAAUAACCACGCCUUGUGGGAAUUGCCAUGGAAAACCAGAAGUAAAAACUCCUUCUUUUUUAAGGGGCGCUUUUUUAAGGUCCUCCCGAAUGAAGGCUGGUCAGAAAUUAAGGAUAUAUCAAAUCAGUAUAUACGACCGAGGAGAAAAAGAACAAAACAUUCUAUCAGGAGAAGGAGAUUUUUACAAAAAAAAAUUAAAAUUAAUUUGUUUAAAAAAAAAAUUCUGCAAAAAUGA